GACGAAGCUAGGCCUGCUUCUUUUUCCUUUUUUUAGAGAAUGUUACGCUAUUAAUUCCGUAUUCGUAAUCAGGUUAGCCACUACCGCUGCUUAGUGCAACUGUCGCUUCAGCUCAGAUCUUCCAGGGCCGUGAGCUCCAGUCCAGAGCUGCUUACAUGUCUCAGCGGGCUUGCUGGUAUUCCUUCUACCUGGAGGACUACAGAGGAUGAUGACGAGCCCAAUGAACUGAUAGUGAUACUGUGAUUGCAAUACAAUACUUUUAUCAUAAUAAUACGAUAGAACAGUCCGCAAUGGUGAAGUGUUGUGGCGGAGAGCUAGAGCCGGGUCGGCUCCGUAAAUCGGCUCUAGUCGCGCUCAAGUUGCUACACGUAUUUGUGGCAUUUGCCGGUGUUACGGGCGUGAUCGUUGAGUUCGCUAGGCCGCCACCAUUUUUCGACUCCUUCUUCGAAGGGCACGAUGACCUACCGGACAUCACUGAUGUAUUUCGCCACAUCAAUCCUGUCAUGCAUGACCAGACCUCGCAAAUCCGGCAGCUUAUGGACGUACCUGUUCUAUUUGUUGGAUUGCUGUACGUUGGUGCUGUGCUGUACCUUCGAUUCAACUUUGAAGCUUGGCUGCUGACCGGCGUGUGCUUUCUGAACUACCUCCUCUAUUUCACGGUGAACUCCUGGGCCAAGUCCUACUUUGAGUGGCGGUACUUCUACUACCGGGGCGUGGGCAUAUCGCUGCAGCUUGCUGGGUUGACAAUGGUCGCUACUUUCUCCGUGACGCUGGUGAUGCGCAAGCGCAAACGCCUCAUGUUCCAUAUGAAGUCUCCGUUCAACAUCAAGACUGGCGGUCCAGCGCACAUCAUUUGGAACGUGAUUGGCCAGUCACUGCUCUACUACCUGUGCCUGCUGAUGUGGAUCAGCCGCUCCUACCAGUCCUAUGUCUGCACCCAGGACGAGACCAAUCUCAACUUCCUGUGCCAGAUGACGGAGCAGGUUGCCUGCAUACCAUGUGACACGUGUACGGUUAAUGGGUUCCACGAAUGUGUAUCUCAGCACAAUCGCACAACCUUCCAGACGGCAUACUGCAUGUCCGGAAUUCCGUAUAGUAAAGGCAUCUGUAUCUUCAACUUCAGUACUGGGUAUUUCACCUUUGUGAAACUGUUUGCCUACACCGGCGGCCUGUUCUUCUUCUCGCGCAACUUCCUGAACGCGACCAUGCACUACGUGCUGCUGCUGGUCCACUCGUCUGUGCAGUGGUGGAGAGGCAACGCCACCGAGCGUAUCGAGUCCACCUGGUCCAGCCUGUCCUCGCGCUUCUCCAUCAGCGAGCGCGGCAACCUGCGCUCCUACUUCAGCUCGCGCAUACGACGGCACAGCUCGCCCGGAGUAGUCACACCACUGCCGGCAGCGAGUGCGCCCAGGUACCAGCCGCAAGCCGCACACUCGCCGAUUCUCGAAGCCAGUGGCGAAGACUAUGCACCAGAUCAGGCGAGUGAAAGGACACCGUUAGUUUCCAGCACGCGCUCGUCAGGCCGAUACGGAGCAAGCACCGUGACACCUUUGAAUAUAGCACCGAGUCAGCGAGCUGGUUAUGUUCUGCCCUCGCCGCAGGUUGAAGUUGCCGUGCCUCCUGGUGGGUCUGCAGAAAUUGCACCGCUUGCAUGACCUGGUGUGCGUGCUACUUUCUGUGGACUCUGUUUUAUUCCCAGCCGCAGAACAAACACCCAUGCAUGUGGUCCUUCGCGGCGCCCGGUGCACUGAGAGCGGCGACGGUUGCCAAGCUGGAACGUGGCAAUGUAGUGCUAACCCAGCUGUAUUCCAGCAGUGGCGUUGCAUCAUUAGUUCUACACGAUAUAUUAUCCGAUGCUGCUCUCUGUCUUCCUGUGAUUCUGCAAAGCACCGGUGUACUGUUCAAUUGCAAUGCUCUAGUAAGUUAUGUGACAAGUAGCCAUUUUUCUACAGUGACCUUUUAAAAAGUUGUUCAGAAUUUUCAAGUCGCAGGAACAUUUAACAACCGGUCCACGGGCUGCAUGACAGAAAGGACACCGCUGUGCGACAUUGGUCAUUUGGUCUGGUCCCGGAACGGCCUGAAUACGCCGCUGUCUAUUUAUCCUGAAUAUCUCUCCAAACACUGAAUCAUAAUUAUCUCAACGUUCAUGGCGGUUUGAAUACUCGUUUCAGGCGAUCAUCAUUGAAAUAAUUGCUGCUGGCGGCCAUUAUGCUAAUGACUCGAUGAUGUGCUGACUUUGCUAUGCCGCGACUGCGGUUUGCCGGUGCUGCUGAUCUAGACCAUAUUUAAAUGACUGAUGUAGGCAAAUAGUGUUGGUGUUGGCCACUGCAGUGUGUUGUCUGUUGGCCCAUACAGUUAUACACAGUGUGUAUACACUGUGUGAGCCGCUCACCGCUUUGUCAACUCAGUCGUAGCAAGCCUCUAUAUCCGGUGUAUUUAUCCGGGCCCUGCUGAGCGUGGUCCGAGGCUGCCGCUCAUAUUUGUAUCUAGUACGGUUUUUCGAACAUGUAUUUUUUAAUUUUUUUUCCUGCACUGCAGGGUACCGUAUUCUGGUUCUUCAGAAGUGACUUCGCUACCCGGUUCAAAUGGAGGGUUUUGGGAAGUUUUGACACGGCUUGUGUUUAUCA